AUGGAAGGCCUUGCCAGCGAGGCCGAGUUCGUCCAGAGACCUACAGACCCACCCACAUCCGACGCGUUUCGGUGUCAAUUUCCUGGCUGCAACGCUAGAUACCGACAUAAGGAGCAUCUGAACCGCCACGAAAGGUCGAAACACAUCGCGCAGCAGGCUUUUAUUUGUUCGGAAUGUGGUCGCGAAUUCCAACGAAGUGAUACUCUUCGCCGUCACAUACGAAAGCAGCACAAAACAACAGAGCUUCUAACUCCCGCACGCCGAGCCUGUGCGGGCUGCCAUACAGGCAAGACUCGAUGUGAAGGGGGCGUACCAUGCGAGGAAUGCGUUCGUCGCAAGAUUCAGUGUUCUUCCCGGGACCAUGCUUGUAUUGAAGAGGAGCAACAAACCCGAUCAUCAACCCCACCUUCACCAUCUCUUAGCCAUGUACAGUCAGAGUCAUAUCACCCGGAUAGGAGAAAGCAGUGGAUUGAUCGUUAUUUUGAGACAUUCCAUCCGUGUUGGCCUUUCAUCCAUAGAGGCUCAUUCAAUAUGCGCCACGAAACCCCGUUACUUCUACAAUCAAUGACAGCCAUUGGCAUGUGGACAUCAAGGGAGCAGUCUGCACAGUCUGCAGCAGUGGAGCUCCAUGAUAAACUUGACGUUGCUAUUCGAGAUCAAAGAGACAAAUGGGAUGCUACAGAGGUAGAGUCCGCGUGUAGCGCCUGCUUCUGGCCAAUAGCCACAUACCAGGCCAUCUUACUACACAUUAUCUUCUCUGUUAUCAUAAAGGCUGGCGAAGUGAUUCCCCUCGACUUGAAGACACCUAUCUCCGCUUCCGAUUUAACAUUACUCGAUUCACUUGUUGCCAGCUGCCGAAGACUAGGAAUGUUCUAUUACCCGAACAUGCUCGCCAAGUAUACGGAAGCUGACCUGCCCUCGUUUGUCUGGGUGGGCAUUGAGGAAGUGAAACGAUUUAACAUAGCUCUUUAUAAGCUUUCUCGGAGAUUGUGCAGCUCUACUUUGGAGAACAUGCCUCUGCUGCAUGCAGAUGAACUCCAAUUUCCUCUGCCGGUCAAUGAGCCCCUGUGGAAUUCUGUCAAACGAGACGAAUGGGAAGCUAAUACGAAAGAGGAGAAUACGGUCUCCCUAAAAGAUGAUUGUCAGGCGAAGUGGAUUUCAAGAUUUGCUGAUAUAUUACAGCCGUUGUUGUAG